UUGUUAGCUUACAUCAAAGCUUUGUUAUAACAUGAGAGUUUUGGUUUGAUGUUGUUGUUUGUGUUCAGUGUCAUGCAUCAUAUAUUUUUGUUUACAUAUCUAUGUUGUCAUGUUUUAAGUCAUGGUUUUGUUUACAGCUGUUGUUUUUGUUUGGUAGCUGACGUCAUAGUUUAAUAGAGGUGUGUGUGCUUGUUUUGUUUUGUUUUCCUGGGUCCUGCUUUACGCACGGAUUAAUCUAAUAAUGAAAUCUAAUUCUCUGCCUGUUCAUAACUUGCAGCCUCCUUCAACAGGUGACACCACCCACCAAUCGGCUCGUUUUAUUUCCCUCACAGCGGCCACAUGAACGUUAUCCGACGCUACAGUAAAGAGGGAAAAAAAAGAAUAACCCCGAAAUAACCCGGUACAAUAAAUUAGACAUCUCUCCAAAUCCGGCCACCUGUUUUCACCGCUUAUUGCGCCUCUCCGGCUCCGUCCAAUGGGAGCGGACGGCAGGUCUGGAGGCGGAGAAAUCAGGCGGAGAAGUUGGAGGAGAGAGUGAGAGACAGAUUGGGAGAGACAGCGAGCUUCAGAUUGAGUGUCAGUCGGCGGAGUCACAUCUUAAAUCUCGCUCAUCUGAGCGCCGAGCGUCUUUUUUUUAUUUUUUUUGCGCUCCGCUUUUUACGCACCUUUAUUUUGUGAGCGUGUGUGUGACGCGCAGCCACAGGUUGAGCGAUUAUUAUUUUGUUGGUGCUUUGUUUUUGUUUUUUUGUUUUUCCCAAUCCGUGGAUUAAUUCUCCUCAUCUGGUGACGACUGUCACCGGAUCAAAAUGGGCUCCAUCGAUCCGUCGGCGGUGAUCGGGGAGGAAGACGCGAACUGAUCGGCACAAGUGAGCGCGGAGGGAGGCAACAUCUGUGGGGAAGCGACACGCAAAAAAAUCUCCCGAGAAGAGAGAGAGGGAGAGAGAGAGGGAGAGACAGGCGGAGGACCUGUGGAAGGAGCUGCACGCAUGAGAGGAGACGGAGCCACCGCAACAUCAUGAUGGGAUGGCCGUGACAACAUGAAAAAGAAAAAGUGCGCUCUUCAUCCAGCCAGCGAUUCGAGACAACCACCGUGGGGGACCGGCAGGGACUGAGAGAGGAGGUCGGAGACAGGUGCGUGACCAUGGAGCCUCCCCCUUCUCUGAGCCUGGCUCUGCUGGGAGGCAGCGAGGAUGAGGACCAGCGCUUCCUGCUCCCCCUGGGCAGCAUCUCCCACCCGACCGUCGCCAUCGCCAACCAGCCCGGCUCCAACCACUCCAACCACAUGGGAGGGUCCAGCCUGGACCGUCUGAAUGGCAGCUCCCCGUCGCCUGCCACGCCCAACAUGCCCCCUGCGUCGCUGCCCAAGUUGCCCCUGUCGUCCUCCGGAGCCCAGCCUCUGCCGCCGCCCAUCCCCAACGCCCUGCACCCCACCAGCACGCCGCUGUCCUCCUGCCUGGGCUCGCAGCACAGCCUGAGCGGAGACAACCCGCCCAUCUACAACGCCCUGUUUUACUCCUCCCACUCGCCCUCCAUGGACCGGGAACGGGACCGGGAUCGAGACCGGGAUCGGGGCUGUAAGCACCGGCAGGCCAGUCCUCUGGUGCACCGCCGGGACAGCAACCCGUUCACGGAGAUCGCCAUGAGCUCCUGCAAGUACACCGGCGGGGUCAUGAAGCCGCUGAGCCGCCUCAGCGCCUCCCGCAGGAACCUCAUCGAGUCGGACAGCAGCAGCGAAACCAAAGAGGGCGGCGUUUCCGCUGUUGCCGGGGCGACAGGCGGACAGCGGGAAGCCCCUCCCACCUGCUCGGUGACCCAGUCCUCCUCCACCAACCAACCGGCCAUCCAGAGUCCUCCGGAAAUUGUGAUCUCAUCCAAAGAAGACUCGCCGUAUCCCCGGGCCGGGUACGAUAUCACCGACUCCACGUCCAACCAGAUGUCCAUCUACCACCAGAACCACACACUGGUUGAGAGCCGGCGGGCGCAGUCGGGGCGGGGCAGCCGGCAGGGCGGGGUCGGGGCGCCGGGCGCUGGGGCCCGGGGCAGCACCUCCAAGGCCUCCAAACGGAAGAACCAAAACAUUGGCUAUAAGCUGGGGCACCGCAGGGCGCUGUUCGAGAAGAGGAAGAGGCUGAGCGACUACGCCCUCAUCUUCGGGAUGUUUGGCAUCGUCGUCAUGGUGAUCGAGACGGAGCUGUCGUGGGGCGUUUACACCAAGAGCUCCAUGUAUUCUCUGGCCCUCAAGUGUCUGAUCAGCCUGUCCACCGUCAUCCUGCUGGGCCUCAUCAUAGCCUACCACGCUCGGGAGGUUCAGCUGUUUGUCAUCGACAACGGAGCCGACGACUGGCGCAUCGCCAUGACGAUGGAGAGGGUUCUGCUCAUCGCCCUGGAGCUGCUGGUGUCCGCCGUGCACCCGGUGCCCGGCGACUUUAAGUUCCAGUGGCGGGCUCGGCUGGCCUUCUCGUACGCGCCCUCGCAGGCCGAGGCCGACCUGGACAUGGUGCUGAGCGUGCCCAUGUUCCUGCGCCUCUACCUCAUCGCCAGGGUCAUGCUCCUGCACAGCAAACUCUUCACCGACGCCUCUUCCCGGAGUAUAGGUGCCCUAAAUAAGGUCCAUUUCAACACACGGUUCGUAAUGAAAACCCUCAUGACCAUCUGCCCCGGGACGGUGCUGCUGGUCUUCAGCAUCUCUCUGUGGAUCAUCGCCGCCUGGACCGUUCGAGUCUGCGAGAGGUACCACGACGCCCAGGACGUGACCAGCAACUUUCUGGGCGCCAUGUGGCUCAUUUCCAUCACCUUCCUGUCCAUCGGUUACGGAGACAUGGUUCCUCACACCUACUGUGGCAAAGGAGUGUGUCUGCUCACGGGCAUCAUGGGAGCCGGGUGCACGGCUCUGGUGGUUGCCGUGGUAGCCAGGAAGCUGGAGCUGACCAAGGCCGAGAAGCACGUACACAACUUCAUGAUGGACACGCAGCUCACCAAGCGGAUAAAGAACGCAGCGGCCAACGUGCUGAGGGAGACCUGGCUCAUCUACAAACACACCAAGCUGAUGAAGAAGAUCGACCACUCCAGAGUCCGCAAACACCAGCGGAAGUUCCUGCAGGCCAUACAUCAAUUACGCAGCGUGAAGAUGGAGCAGAGGAAGCUCAGCGAUCAGGCCAACACGCUGGUGGACCUGUCAAAGAUGCAGAGCGUCAUGUACGAGCUGAUGUCGGAGCUGAACGACCGCAGCGAGGACCUGGAGCGUCAGAUGUUGUCCCUGGAGCAGCGGGUGGAGCAGCUGACGGCCGGCUUCAACGCCCUGCCCGCCCACCUGUCGGCCACGCUGAGCGCCCAGCACGCCGCCCUGGUGCACCUGCUCCGGGAGAGGGACGGCCGGGACGGCCGGGGAGGCGGCGGGGGAGCCGUGGUGCCGCUGUCCCCGUCUUUGACCACGGCGGCUCCGGUUUCUCCGGUGCAGGUCGCCGCCGCCGCCGUCGUUCCUGUGCCGCCCCCGGUUCAGGUCGCCGCCCUGGCCUUGGAGUCGCCGCUGUCGCCUCCUCCGCCCCUGAGCCCCGAGGGCGGCCUGGAGGCCACCCCCAACACCUGCACCUCCAGCUGCUGAGGAACAACACAGGAAUUAAAAAGUAAAUAAAAAAUACAGGGAGAGAGGAGGAAGGAGAGAAGGAGGAGACGUGCUCCCAUCCUCUCAGACUAACGAGGAGGAAGGAGGAAACGCGAGGCGAUCCUCCGAACCUCCGGCAGGGAGGAGGAGGAAUAAUGGGAUUAAGAUGGAGGGCCGCGAUGACUGAUGAGACAUGUUAGGGACUUUGGGGCGCUUUUCCUUGACGAAGGCAGAGGAAGAGAAAUGGAGAUAAAAUGGAGACUCUAAAAGGUGUGAGGGGGAGGAAGGAUGUCUAGAGGGUGAGAAAUGGCGAGGAGGGGAAGCAGAGAGGAGGAGAAAUAACGAAGAAUAAUUAUACGAACUCCGAAAUGGAAUCCACUCCUAUUACUGAAAAAGGCCUUUUAUUCUCUCUCUCUCUUUCUCUCCCCUCUUUCCUUCCCCCUCUCCCAAUCUCCCUUCAUCAGGAAUUAAUGACCAUGACUUUUUAUUCUUAUGAUGUAUUUUCUAUCUGAAUGCUAAUUGUGUGUUAACGAGCAUCCCUUUAACAGAAGGUUCGAUCAAUACGACCACGAAAAAAAACUAGUGGCAAACACUGCACAUGUACACGCAGAUCACAGAACCCAAGAGAAGCGAGUACGACCCUGUGUGAUACCGCUUUAAUGUUCAGUUAUUAGGAAUUAUAUCACCUCUCAAUAAUUACAUUAGUUCUAAGCGGAACAGUCGAGUUUUUCCUCUUCUGAACGAUCAAAAAUAAACACCCAUACAGGCCACAAAGUAGAAAAUCAAUGCUGCAAAAGUGAAAGUGUACAAACAUGGUUCUAAAAUCAGCUGUGAACAUCAGAACUUUCUCAGUUUUUUGGGCCUGUGGACUGUAUCCACAUCUACAUCAUGGCUCCACGUGGAAAAGAAUUGCUAAAGGAAGUGAAAUAUCUGAUUGUGACACUUCGUGAAGCUGGAAAAGGAUCCAGGAAGAUCGACUAAAACACAGAUGCAACAGUAACCAGGAGGUUUAGAAGGAUCCGUACUACCACUAAUCUGGAUGCUGUGUUCGUCCUCCGAAAACUGCCAGAGGAACUGAGAAAAUCUGAUUGCAAGAAUUCACAAAGUUGGAAAACAAUCCAGGAAGAUGAACUAAAGCACAGCUGCAGCAGUAAUCAGGAGGUCUAGAAGGAGCCACAGCGCCACCAAUCAGAGCUGCACUCCUGGACUUUGGGUUUUGGUUCUACUCUUGUGUCUAUCUGCAUGUCUGAAAAAACUGACAAACUGAAAAUUUUGAUUGUGAAACUCCACAAAAAUGGAAAAGGACCCAGGAAAAUAAACUAAAAAUCAGUGGAACCACAGUGUCAGCAGUAAUCAGGAGGUAUAGAAUGAGUCAUGGUACCACUAAUCAUGGCUGCAGUGGUCGUCCUCCUGAAAUGAUCCACAGACAGUGAACUACUUUCAUAAUCUAGAUGUGAAAAACAGACAGCAGCUGCUUCAGACUUGAUACAGGAGUUAUCAAUGGAAAUCAGAGUUUUAGAAAUCCCAGACAGUGAAGAAUAUCAACCUCUAUGGACGGAGGACAAGAAAAACACUUUUUUGGCGUAAAAAGACAAGUUAAGCUUUGCUAAAAUGCAGGAAAAUAAGCCUGAUGAAUGUUGGAGAACAUUCUUUGGUCAGAUGAAGAUAAAUUUAAUGGGUUCAGAUGGAGUCCAGCAUGUUUGGUGUGAACCUGACCAGGACUACCACAGUGGAUGCAUAGUCCUGACAGUGAAGCAUGGAGGUGGAAGUGUGAUGAUGUGGGGCUGCAUGAGAGCAAAACGUGUUGAUGACAUUUCUAGAUGAAUGUCUGAGGAUAAACAAGAUGACUCUCAGUCUGCAGAAGCUGGAAGAAGCGCAAAAUUAAACAGUUUCUGGAUAAAAAUUAUGACUUGGACGUAUAUGUGGCCUGACUUAAACCCAAUAGAACAACUUUGGGGUAUUUUAACCCUCCUGUUGUCCUCAUUUACAGGCACCAGAAAAUAUUGUUUCCUUGUCUGACAAUAAUCCAAACAUUCAGCAAAAAAAAUUCCCCAAAUUUCUGAAAAUUUGCAAAACCUUCAGGAAGAAAAUUCCAAUAAUUCCUUAAAAGUUUCCCUUAAAAGUGUUUUUUUUUUAAAAUCUCCCAAAUUUGGCAAGAAAAUUCCUGUAAAUAUUUUCAAAAAAUGAGUGAAAAUCUUCCAAAAAAUCCUAAAAAUAUCUAAAGUGAUUACAUAUAUAUCAGUAAAACUUCUAAUAUUUUCUUUAAUAACAUUCACAAAAAAAUCAACCAAAAUCCAGCGAAAUUCGCUGGAUUUUGGUUGAUUUUUUGUGUGAAUGUUCCUGAGAAACAUUUUUAACAUUUCUUUUUUUCCACCAAAAAAUGUUCAAAGAUUUCCCAAAAAUGUUGAAAAUGUGGACAUCAGAAGUUUCACUGUGAAAAUAUUUUUUUCCACAUUUUCAAACUUUAAAACGGGUCAAAUUUGACCUGCAGGACGACACGAGGGUUAAACAGAAAACUAGAUCAACACAAUCUUUCCAGCAAAGAGAGACGAAGGUUUGAAUCUCAGUAAUGCAUCUAUUUUAACAUACAGUAAAUCUAAACUGUCUGCUGUUCAACUUAGAGGUAAUCUGAUUGCUGCAAAGUGGUGCAAUUUCGACUCAUUUGAUGUCUAAGCGAUAUUACACGGGGUUUGUACUCGCUUCGGCUGGAUAGCAACACAUUAAACACGGCACAGACACACAACAAACACACAACACGUCGCCGUAUUUAUGCUCACACCAACAGAUUUAAUGCACUAAGCCCAUCUGACGAUACUAAAGCCUAUACUGCCAAGCACUUGAUGCACUCCAUAGAGCACUGCCAAGCAAUGUUAGACACAAAAAACGACAAAAAAAGUGUUUGCCUAGACGACCUGUCUUCUGUGGGCGUGAGCUGAUGCAGUAGUUUAGACUUCCAGUGUGUAGUUGUGACAUUUUAACCGCUCGCCUGCAGGAAUCUGUAGUUCCAGAUGGAUGUGAAGUGAGCUGAUGUGAACCAAGCGUUUGUGAGACAGUAGCAGGAGAUGAAAUAACUACAGCAGGACUUUAUUACUGCAUUCACACACCCAAAUGAGGUUUAGUUUCAUCCCACCAAACAGAAAAUUAAUAAUUACCAGUGCAUGAAUGUCCGGCUGGUUGUGGAAGGAAGACUAAAACACAAAGGUUUGUUCAGUUCUACCCCGACAGCCAGUCUAAACUUUCUCCAACGUUAAUAAAUCAUCUGCUUCCUCUUUUAUUUUAUUUAAAUCAGUCCGAGCUGCAACGAUUAAGCAAGUAGCGGGCGUUCGUUAAGUUACUUACCGGAUAUAUUGAUCACUUUUUUUCAAUUAAUCAGAACAAAAAUCCACUAAAAGGAACUAAAUCUUGCAGUAAAUCCAACUUUCGUCAAGGUUUUUAAUGUCCGUUUUAUUACACCGCUUCAAACCUUAAUGUUGUAAUCACCAACUAUUUCAUUAAUUAUUUAAUCAAUUUGAAUAAUUUUUAAAGAAAUAAAAGCCACCAAAGUGAACUACAUCUUGCAGUAAAUUCAACUUUCAUCGAUGUUUUAAUGCUCAUUUUACUGCAGUUUCAAACGUAAAUCGAUUAGUUCUUAGCUGUUGUAAUCAUCAACUAUUUUCCUGUAAUUGGUUUGAGUAAUUUUUUAAGAAAAAAACAGUGAAUUUUUAGAUUCUAGCUUCUUAAAUGUGAAUAUUUUCUGGUUUCUUUCCUCGUCUAUGACACUAAACUGAAAGAUAUUUACCAUCUUGGGCUUUAGGGAAAUGCUAACUGACAUUUUUCACCAUUUUCUGACAUUUUAUAAACCAAACAACUAAUCAAUCAAUGCCGAUAUUAAUUGACAGUAAACAUAAUAAUUAGCUGCUGGCCAACAUGUAGAGCUGCAGCAACUAAUCUGUUAAAUCAAUCAACUAUUUGUCAUCUUGGUCUUUGGCAAACGCUGACAUUUGUCACCAUUUUCUGACAUUUUAUAGACAAAACAGCUAAAAAUAAUCACCCAGUUGAUCAGUCUGAGUUUAAAUCAGUCUAAAUUUCAAAUCGUAGCAUCUUAUACUUAAUUAUUUUCUGGCUUCUUUCCUCUUUUAUGACAGUAAACUGAAUAACUUUAAGCAAGACAUUUAUCAUCUUGGACACACUGACAUUUUUCACCAUUUUCUGACAUUUUUUUCACCAUUUUCUGACAUCUUUUGCCAUUGUGUGACAUUUUUCCACAAUUUUCUGACAUUUUUCACCAUUUUCUGACAUUUUUUCACCAUUUCUGAUUUUUUUCCCCAUUUUCUGACAUCUUUUGCCAUUUUCUGACAUUUUUCCACAAUUUUCUGACACUUUUUGCCAUUUUCUGACAUUUUUCCACAGUUUUCUGACAUUUUUCCACCAUUUUCUCAUAUUUUCCACAUUUUUUCUGACAUUUUUCCACAGUUUUCUGACAUUUUUCCACAUUUUCUGACAUUUUAUUGACCAAACACUGAUUUGACUAAUCAAGAAAAUCAACUAUAAUGAAAAUAAUGAUGAAUUGCAGCUCUGCUGAGAUGUAUAAACAAGACGUUUGUCAUGUUGGGUUUUCGGGAAACACUAACUGACGGUGUUUUUUCACCAUUUUCUGGCAUUUCUCACCAUUUUCUGACAUUUUUUCACAUUUUCUGACAUUUUUCACCAUUUUCUGACAAUUUAUUGACCAAACACUUACGUGAAUAAUCAAGAAAAUCACCUGAAAUGAAAAUAAUGAGGGCUGCACAGUGGUGUAGUGGUUAGCACUUUCGCCUUGUAGCGAGAAGGUCCCUGGUUCGCGUCCCGGCUUUCCCGGGAUCUUUCUGCAUGGAGUUUGCAUGUUCUCCCUGUGCAUGCGUGGGUUCUCUCCGGGUACUCCGGCUUCCUCCCACAGUCCAAAAAUAUGCUGAGGUUAAUUGAUUACUCUAAAUUGCCCGUAGGUGUGAAUGUGAGAGUGAUUGUUUGUCUCUGUAUGUAGCCCUGUGACAGACUGGUGACCUGUCUAGGGUGUCCCCUGCCUUCACCUGAGUCAGCUGGGAUAGACUCCAGCCCCCCCCCGCGACCCUAGUGAGGAUUAAGCAGUGUAUAGAUGAUGGAUGGAUGGAUGGAUGGAUGGAUGGAUGGAUGGAUGAAAAUAAUGAUGAGUUGCAGCUCUACUGAGAUGCUGUGUUGUUUCACUUUCAUUGAAAUUGCCCCUAAAAUGACAAAAAAGUGCUGAAUUUUCCUUCGGCUGACGUGAUAUUUUGUGGGUUUUGUCCUACUGCCGCCCAGAACAGCUCACUGUUAUCAUGAAUGUAAAGAAAACCACUCCUGCUCGCUCGAUCACUUCCACACACAAUAACACACACACACACAGAUGUACACACACCUCAACAACCAAAGUGCUCUCUCUUAAAUGGACUUCAAUAAGAGGCUGCUGUCACCGGGGACAACAGAUAGCAGGGGGAGGCGUGGCGGAAUAUCUUGACAAUAUUUCCGAGGGAAUAACUGUGAAAAAUGUGACUUGUUAGAGUGCUGCACACGGACGACAGAAAGGUGGCGGACGCAAAUAAAAACCUUACAAAAGGAGACAUGGCCAUGGAGGAAUGAAUAAAAAACACAGGAUGGAGGAUGAUAAGGAGGAGAAGAGACAGUAAAUGAAAACUGUCUUAUAGCGACACGCUGUGGCCGGAAUACUGAAUUACAUACGCUUGGAAUAUUGUACAGUAAAUGCUGUUAACGAAACUCUAGCUUUGUAUUGCUUAGUCUUUUUCUACCAUUACGAUUAAACGCAGUUAGAGCUGAUAUCUUACAUUAUUAUGAUUAUCAUUAAACUCUAGUAUUCUUCUCAUUCGUCAUGACAGUUAUGAUCUAUGUAUUAUCGACACGUUAAAUAAUUAUCAACGAGGAAAGUGCCGUUUAAGGUUGAAAUUAUUUUGUAAUUUUAUUUUAUCAGAGAGAAUUAAUAAAGUAUAUAUCUAUAACAUUC